AUGAUUGUCCCUUGCAAUAUUCUUCCUCUUCUCCCGCUGAUCAGUGUCGCUGCUGCAGCGUCGAUCCAGCUGGACGCUCGUAACGUCAAUGUUGGAGGCUCCACCAAAAACAACAACACCAACAACACCGCCUCGGGCCCAUACGGCCUCAACAACGCGGCCUGUCAGCAAGUCACUCUCUCGAUCCCCGUCAACAUCACGCUCUCCAACUUCACCAACGUCGACAAUGCCUACUCGAACCAGUCGUACGUCACGCGUCAGAUCAUCGACUUCACCGAGGCGCCUUCGAACUUUACUGCGCAGCACGGACCGAGCACCAACACGACCUUCCGCCUGACGCGCAGCUUCAAGAUCAACGGCUACUACUGCACACCCAAGCAGGGCGGACGCGAGGACAGCGCGCUGUGGAAUCUGGUACACGGCAUCGGCUUCGAUUCGAGCUACUGGGACUUCAGCCUGGCGCCCGAGUACAGCGUUGUCAAGCACGCGGCGAGCUAUGGCUACAGCACGUUCCGGUACGAUCGGUUGGGAACGGGCGAGAGUGAGACGCCGCGCGGGGGCGGGUUUGACGUCGUGCGGGCGCAGACCGAGGUGGCAAUCCUCCAGGGGGUGCUGGGCAAGUUGAGGAACAGUACCCAGGUGGGCGGGAAGAGGCAUAGGAAGAUCGUGGGCGUGGGGCAUUCGUACGGCUCGAUCCAGACGCAGGCAGUGACGCAGCAGACACCCGAGCUGCUCGACGCGGCCGUGCUCACAGGCUACACAAGCAACGCUACCAACCUGCCCGCCUACCUGCAUGCCGCCUCGUACUCGAUCGCCAACCGCAUCUUCCCCUCGCGCCUCGCCAACAAACCCGCGCAGUGGCUCGUCACCGGUAGCAACGCGUCAGACAUCCUCGCCUUCUUCUACCCACCCUUCUACUCGCAAGCCUCGUUCGAUCUCUCGCGCUCCACCGAGCAGCCCGUGACCCUCGGCUCGCUCUUCACCGUUGGCGCCGUAGGGGGUAAGGCUGACAACUUUACCGGCCCCGUGCAGGUCGUGAACGGGGCAAAAGACUUUAUUUUCUGCUCGAGCAACUGCUAUGCCGGCCCUGACGGCAAGGAUAUCCCGAGCGGCGUGCAGGGGCUGUAUCCGAAGGCGAGCAACUUCACGAGCUACAUUGCAGAGGAUACGGGACACGGCAUCACGGCGCAUUACAGCCAGCCGAUGGUCGCCGAGGAGAUUGCGAAGUGGAUCAAGGCACAGGGACUCUAA